AUGACGGGCGAAGAGUCCAGCGGUCCAGCCAUGACCUAUUUCGCAGAGGAAGACAUUCCCUGGGAGGAGCAGACGGCCAUGAGCCGGCGCAAAGUCCUGCGGCUUGAGGAGGACCUGUACGUCGCCAUGGUGCAGUGGGACGCCGGGUUCACGCUGCCGGUGACGGACCACCAUGGAGGCGAGGAGAUUGUCUACGUCUUGAAGGGCACCUUUGUCGACCAGUAUCGCAGCUCCGGCCCAGGGAGCAUCAUCCGCGGUGACCCGGGAAGCUCGCAUCGGCCCAGCACCCCUGACGGUGUCACCUUCCUGGUCACGCGGUCCUUGAUCCCUGGUGAGCGUCAGCGCAUUGCUCCACAUUGGACGCGACCCAGGGGGACCUCGUUUCGCGGCUGA